CACCACGUUUACAUGGCUGAACUCACAUAUUAGUUGUUAGCGUGUACGUUUGUGUUUAUGAUUAUUCGUGUUAUAAAGCAUCAUGGAGACACACAACAUUAAUUCUCCCACCGAGGAUAUUUCUGUGUAUUUUAAGGGUACGCACGAGGUCGAAGGGUUUGAGCCUGGUAAGAUGGAAUCAAACCCACCAGCGCACAUGGUCAACUGUAAGAAAAACCCCGGCCACACCGGGUUUAUUCCAGUUCAAGACUUCACCAUCGACCACCUGCCUGCGGACCUCCGAGAGAAGAGUAUUUUCAAGUUCGUGCAGGCUCUAGCUGACAUCACUGUCCGGGUGUGCGUGGCUGGGGUCAGCAAGGACAGGCCUGACGUCAUACCGGAUUCCGAUACCCCGUACCCUUUUUCCGAGUUCAGGGGUCAAGAUGUGAUGAUGACCGGAAGUGGCCGGAUUGAAGACGCGACGAAAUACGACGAUGAGAUGUUGCCGUGCCACUGUGAGGAGUGCAAAGAGUCGGGUCAGCCGUGUAGAGUCUGGGGUCAAGUUGACGUCAUCACGGCACGGCACGUCGUGUUUGACCAGAAGGAAGCGGACAACACGAGCAUCCGGUUUUGGUACGACGACGAGCAAAGCGACGUGGUGACGCUGGAAGGCUGGACUAUAAAUAACCCCGACACGGACGGCGAUUGGUGCAGCUUAUCCCACGUGACACACGACGAGCAGCUGAUUGGACGAUUGGACGCCAUGUAUGCUCGCUGGCGUGAGAAACUAAAAAAGUUAAACGCGAAGUACGAAGCAACCGACGAUGUAAACAAACUAGUGGUCCUUGUGUCACAUCCGCACGGCUGUGCUAAGCGUAUCUCCAUCGGUCGCUGGGUACACAAGCAGAUGCUGAAGUACGACAACACUAGGUACACGUACACAGCGUGUUCAUGCCCAGGGAGUAGCGGUGCGUAUGUGUACAGGCUGGGCUGCACCUUCACGCUACACACACAUAGUGGAUCGAACACGCUGUAUAACUUUAGCGGGGUAGAUUACAUGUGAGUGAACAAGUGAAUACCUAAACAUCACGCAGGGUCGACACGCUACAUCAUCCCAAAAAAAUACUGAAUUGUACUUUCAGAACUGGCGAUUGCUG